AUGCUUUUAGGAAUUUCAGGCACUGUGGGUAGCGGUAGGCAUGAGGCAGUAAACUAUUUUGUGAGUAAGGGCUUCAAACUACUGCAAUGCGAUGGCUCUACGCAAAGUGUGGCGGAUAUUAUAGAUUGUGUGACACCUCGCUGGCGCGAGAACUUCGUGGUGCUGAUCCACUCUCUUGAGCAGCUCAUUGCUGCUGAGCGCCGGCCAUUUUUUCUGCACCUCACGCUCGAUGCUCCGCUGAGUCUCAGAUUCGAACGGAGUGGAUCAAAAGAUCUCACGCAAUUCGUUCAAGCGAGCGAUAAGCGAGUUUUCCAAGAAGAUGGGGCCAGGAUCUUUUCCAGGGCACAAGUUGCCCUCAUAAACGGCUUUGAAACGAUCAACAAAUUCGAGCAUGCAUUAGAAACCUUAGAUAUUGAGAAUCCAACUCGUAUGCGACCGGAUUGGGACGCUUAUUUCAUGACAAUUGCAGAUUUGGCUGCUCAACGGUCUAACUGUAUGAAGAGACGUGUCGGAUGCGUAGUAGUUCGUGAAUUCAGAGUGGUUUCUACUGGAUACAAUGGCACUCCACGUGGUGUUCCGAAUUGCAACCAGGGGGGAUGCAAGCGUUGCAACAGUGCGCAGAAAUCGGGAGCGGGCCUGGACGCGUGCUUGUGUUUGCAUGCAGAAGAGAACGCUCUUCUUGAAGCCGGACGUGAUCGCCUGGGAGCGACUUCUGUUUUAUACUGUAACACAUGUCCUUGCCUCACAUGCAGUAUCAAGAUUAUCCAAAGUGGAAUAACCGAAGUGAUAUAUUCACAAAAGUAUUCUAUGGACGAGCAGACGGCUGCGGUUUUCAAGCAGGCAGGCAUCCAUUUGAGGCAAUACCACCCUCCUCAGCAGGGCUUAGUGUCUGUUUAG